AUGGACCUCCGGUUCAACCGCGUGCCGCUGCUGAACGUGCACGACGCCGCAGACGUGCUGGCCUCGGGCACGUACAGCACGUUGCCGUCGCGGAUCGAGGAGCAUGCCGGGCCGGACCACUCAGCGCUGCCGCCGGAGCGCCAGCGGCAGCUGGAGAGGCAGCUAGACCACCUGUUAUACGAGCACUUGCUCAAGGCCCAGCUGCCGGCCGCGCUGAGUGUCGUCCGGGUGUCGGGCGGCACGGCGGUGCUGCGGUGCGAGGGCCUCUUCGAGGUGCGCGUCAGCCUGCAGCAGCGGCCGUACCCGCCUCAGUGGGAGGCAGCCAAGCUCAAGGCAGCGGAGGCGAAGGCGGCAGCGGCAGCGGCGGCGGGCGAUGCAGGUGCGGCGGGCGAAGCUGCGAUGCAUACGGCAGCGGCGGCGGCGGCAGCGGGGGUGGCGGCUGCUAAGCCCCCUUCUGGGGCUGAGCAGCAGCAGCAGCAGCAUCAAGGGGAGCAAGCGCAGCAGCAGCAGCCGCCAGUGCCCGCCCCCGAGCUGCGGUGGCAGUGGUUGCUGCUGGAUGCCGCGAUCCUGCCCGGCGCCGCGCACCGCCCGCCGCUGCGCGAGCAGCAGCUGCAGCAGCUGCUGGGCCUGCUGCGCCAGCUGAUGGGCGCGACGGCAGACGCGGCGGCCGUGGAAGCGCUCCGCCGCGAGUCGGCCGGCGCCGCGGCCGGCGGCGGCGCGCAGGACGCGUCGAAGGCGGCGAGCGGCGCGCUGCCGUCCGUGUCGGCGCGCAGCAGCGGCGGCGGCGGGGCGAGCUUGGAGGUUUCCGGCAUCAGCAGCCUGGGUGGCGCGUCGGGCCUGCUGCCGGGCUUCGGCGACGACCCCAGCCACGGCCUGGGGCUCGAGGAGCUCCGGGCGGACGAGGUCGCCGCGCCGCUGCGCGCGCUGCAUGGCGCGCUCCGCGACGUCGCGGCGCAGGUGCUGCUCGACUCUGUGCGCGCGUCCGCGGAGGCGCUGUCCGCGCCGGGCGCGCGGUGGGCCGGCCACCUGGUGCUGGCGCGCGCGCAGGUGCUGUCGCCGGGGCUGCGGCUGCACUACUGGGCCCAGACCCCUGUUGUGCUGCCAGGCGCGGCGGGCCGCGCGGGCGGUGGCGGCGCCGGCGGUUCCGCGGCGGCGACGAGCGGCGGGGACGGCGGCGGCGGCGGGGGCGGCGGCGCGAGCGGCACGAAGGGGCAGGACCCGGCGGCGGCGCUUGAAGGGGGCGCGGAGGCGGCCGCGUCGGCGCCGCUGCCCGCGCUGGAGAUCGGGAUCGCUGGGGACGGCACCGUACAGGUUUUGCACCUGCCGCCGCUGCGCGUGCCCGGAACGGGCGCCGCGCUGCCGCUGCGGCUGGACGCGCACCGCGCUGACCUGGAGGGCAUGCUGCUGCGCGCCGCCGCGCUGACGGGCAACGCACAGCUGCAGCUGCUGCAGCUGCGCCUGUCCGCGCUCCUCGCGGCGCACGGCAUGGCGCACGUGUGCGUGCUCCGCCUGCGGCCGGUGCACGGGCCGGGCGCGGCAGCGGCGGGCGUGGGCGCGUUUGCGGGCUUGCCGGCGGCGGGGGCGCUCGCGUUUUCGCGGCACGAGCUGGAGGUCCUGGUGGAGGGCGCGUCGCUGCUGCGGGUGCUGUACCAGCCGUGGAGCGGGCGGCUGCUGCUGCGGCCGGGCGACGCGGCGGGCGGGGACGACAACCUGGAUGCCGUCAUGCAGGAGGAAGGACUGCACUCGCUGCAGCAGGCGGCGCUGCAGGCGCAGCAGCGGCAGCAGGACCCGCGUGCAGCUGCCGAGCAGCUGCUCAACGAGGCAGCGCGCCAGCUGGCGGUGACGGUGGCGGAGAUGUGGCACCGCGCACGCAUCAACCGCCUGCGCGCAGCCGCGCGCACGCUGUCGCUGCGGCUGCAGCAGUACGAGCUGCGGUACGCCGGCGGCGGGCCUCUCAUACCGGCGCCCACACUUCCUCGGCAGCAGCAGCAGCAGCAGCUAGAGGUCGCCGACGAUGCGGCCGCCACGCCCACUACAGCGACGGCGCAGGAGCAGAGGCAGCAGCAGCAGCAGCAGCGGCGGCAGCGGCAACAUCACGCGCAGCGCCGGUACGUCAACCUGGCGUUCCCCGCGGCGCCGCUGCCGCCGUACCUGCACCACGCUGGCAGCGCCGCCGGCGCGCCCGGGGCGGCGGACGGCAGCGGCAGCGCGGCGUCCCUGAGCUUCGUGCUGGCCGUCCAGUUCCCCCCCUUGGACGAGCGGCGCUUCUGGCUGCUGGUCAGCACGCGGGACUCUCGCGGCCUGCCCGGGCCGGUCUUCGCUCGCCUGCCGGUGCCGGCAAGCGAUCUAGGCGGGGGCGGGGCACAUGUGCAGCAGCAGCAGCAGCAGCAGCAGCAGCAGCAGCAGGCGCAGGGGCGGCAGGCGCCGGGGGCGGCGGCGGCGGGCGCCGGGGCGAAGCAUGUGGACGGGCUGGGGAAGCGGAAGCGCAUCAGCGAUGGCGGUGCACCUGAGCAGGAACCAGAUCAGCAACAGCAGCUACAGGAACAGCAGCUGCAGGGGCAGCAGGGGCAGCAGAAGCAGCAACAGCAGCAGCAGGCACAGGUUAGAGCAUCAGACGCAGGCGGUCACCCGACAGGGGCCUCGGCAGCACCGGCGGGCUUCGCUCUGGCGGCGGCGCCCGGGUGGCAGCAAGACGGGGAGAUGGUGCGGGAGCUGUUCGCGGCCGCCGCCUGGUCGCGCCGGCGCAUUACACACGAGCGCCUGCUGUUUGAGCUGCGUGCCCUGGGCGUCCCGUGCCUGGAGAUACAGCCGCAGCAGCAGCACGGCAGCAUCUCGUCGGCCGCGCCCGGCGGCGGCGGCGCGGCGCCGCCGGCGGGCGCGCUGCGGCUGCGGCUGGACGAGGCCUUGGGCGGGGAGAGACUCGGGGAGCGCUUGGCGCGCAAGGCCGGCGCAGCGCCGGCCGCGGUGGGCGUAGAGGAAGCCGUGCUGUGCGCGCGGGAAGGGGAUGCGGGCGGCGCCGGCGAGUGGUCCAUGCACGUGCGUGGGAACCUGUACGGCAGCUGCAACGUGGCCCCCGGCGCCGGCCUCGCGGCGGCAGCGGUCGGGCCGUGCUGCGGGCACGGCGGCGACGGCAGCGGCGGUGGCGGUGGCGGCGGCGGGAACGGCGACACGUGGGCGCGGUUCGAUUUCAGCUUCCAACGGGGAGAGCACGCGCGCGACGCGCUGGUGCACCUGUUGCGCAUGCUGCGCGUGCUGCGGCUGCUGUGCCGGCUGGAGGCGAUGGCGCUCGGGCCUCAGCUGCUGCCAGUCUUGGCGCCUCCAGGCGCCGGCCCUGGCCCCGUUGCCCCGGGCGCGACUCCAUCCCCGCAGCAGCAGCGGCCGGCAAAGAAGGCGAGGGUGGUGGGCGCGAGCGCCGGCGGAGCAGCCAACGGCGACGCCCAUGCACCCCAGCCCGCUGCCAACGGCGGCGACCGUGCGCCCUCUUGCAACGGCGUCGCUGCCGCCGCCGACGGCGACGGGGAGGGCGCUCCCGCCCCGGCCGAUCUGGCCAACGAGGCGUGCGCCGCCGCGCGCGCUCUCCAGCUGCACUGCAACGUGCGCAGCGCGGCGGCGGCGCUGGACCCAGUUUUGGCCCCAUUUGGCGAAAUGGCGGAGGCCCGGGAGGAGGGCUUGCUCCUCGACGCUCUGGGCAUCUCGGGCUGGCCCCUCGCCUGCCUCGCCGCGACGCUGCGGCCGGGGCCGGGGCCGGGGCCGCCCCAGGGGCGAGGGAGCGCCACGGCCGCGCCCGCGCCCAGGCCGCCGCGCGGCGUCAGCGCGCACUGCCGGGGGUCACCCUACCGGGCGCGGCUGCUGGUGGGGCCGCCCAGCGGCAGCGGCGGCGGCGCAGGCGCAAGCGCGGGCGCGGGCUCGGGCGCGCCUUCUGCUGGUCAAGCGGUCGACUUUGUCUUUGCAUCGCAAGGGCGCGUGCGCCUGGCGCUCUCGCCGCUGCGGCCAUCAAAGCCGCUCCAGCAGCAGCAGCAGCAGCAGCAGCAGCAGCAGCAGCAGCAGCACCAGCAGCUCCAGCCGGCGCCAGCCGUCAAGCCGCAGCUGGCCGGCGAGGCGCUGCUACCACGGCUGGCAGCCGCGCUGCCUGGCGUCACACUGCUGCCUGACCACCGCACAGCGGGCGGCGGCAGCAGGCCCGGCGCUGCGUGGGUUCAUGCCAGCAGCCUACCCGUUGUGUUGCCACAGCUGCUGAAGCUCGCGGCCGCGGCUGGCGAUCAGGCAGCACAGGCAGCUUCACAGCAGUAG